AUGGCUUCAUCUUUUUCAGUGCCUUCAAUGAUCAUGGAGGAAGAAAGCCGGUUGGAGGCCGAGGUCGCCGAGGUGCAAGCAUGGUGGAACAGUGAGAGGUUCAAGCUCACCCGCCGCCCCUACACCGCUCGUGAUGUGGUCUCCCUCCGCGGCACCCUUCGCCAGAGCUAUGCCUCCAAUGACCUUGCGAAGAAGCUGUGGCGCACCCUCAAGACUCACCAAGCAAAUGGCACCGCCUCCCGCACCUUCGGCGCCCUCGACCCGGUCCAGGUCACGAUGAUGGCCAAGCACCUUGACACCAUCUACGUCUCCGGCUGGCAGUGCUCCUCCACUCACACCACCACCAAUGAGCCUGGCCCCGACCUUGCCGACUACCCAUACGACACUGUCCCCAACAAGGUCGAGCACCUCUUCUUCGCCCAGCUCUACCACGACCGCAAGCAACGGGAGGCCCGAAUCAGCAUGAGCCGCCAAGAGCGAGCUCGUACUCCUUAUGUCGAUUACCUGAAGCCCAUUAUCGCCGACGGCGACACCGGCUUCGGCGGCGCAACCGCCACCGUCAAGCUUUCCAAGCUUUUCGUCGAACGGGGUGCGGCAGGGGUCCAUAUCGAGGACCAGUCGGCGGUGGCCAAGAAGUGCGGCCACAUGGCUGGAAAAGUCCUGGUUGCUGUCGGCGAGCACAUCAAUCGUCUCGUCGCAGCGCGGCUGCAGUUCGACGUCAUGGGUGUCGAGACUGUCUUGGUGGCUCGAACGGAUGCUGUUGCGGCCAAUUUGAUCCAAACCAACGUGGAUUCUAGGGACCAUCAGUUCAUACUGGGAGCCACCAAUCCUAACCUCAGAGGAAGGAGCUUGGCUAGUGUGUUAACUGAAGCAAUGGCAGCCGGAGCGGCCGGCGCGGAGCUCCAAGCCAUUGAGGACGAGUGGCUGUCAAUGGCCAAACUGAAAUCCUUCUCUACCUGCGUCAAGGAUGCAAUCAGUAGCCUCAACAUCAGCGAAGACGAGAAGCGGCGGAGGCUCAACGAAUGGGCCUAUCAUUCAAGUUACGAGAAGUGUCUUUCAAAUGAGAAAGGGAGGGAGAUAGCUGAGAGGCUGGGUGUUAAGAACCUCUUCUGGGACUGGGACUUGCCCAGGACCAGAGAAGGCUUCUAUAGGUUCCAAGGCUCGGUCACGGCGGCAAUUGUCAGGGGCUGGGCCUUUGCACCUCAUGCCGACCUGAUAUGGAUGGAGACGUCGAGCCCCGACCUGGUGGAGUGCACUAAAUUCGCCGAGGGGGUGAAGUCCAUGCACCCUGAGAUCAUGUUGGCCUACAACCUCUCGCCAUCCUUCAACUGGGAUGCGUCGGGGAUGACCGACAAGCAGAUGACGGACUUCAUUCCCCAGAUCGCAAGGUUGGGUUUCUGUUGGCAGUUUAUAACACUGGCUGGGUUCCAUGCUGAUGCACUGGUGAUUGAUACGUUUGCGAGGGACUAUGCGAAGAGGGGGAUGCUGGCUUAUGUGGAGAGGAUCCAGAGGGAGGAGAGGAACAAUGGGGUCGACACACUGGCUCAUCAGAAGUGGUCAGGGGCAAACUACUAUGAUAGGGUGCUGAAGACUGUCCAGGGUGGGAUCUCUUCUACUGCAGCCAUGGGCAAAGGAGUUACUGAGGAGCAGUUCAAGGAAACAUGGGCUAAGCCUGGAGGUAUGAAUGAUGGUGGCAACAUGAUGGUUGCCAAGCCAAGAAUGUAA